AUGACAUUCGUAGUGCCACAACUGCCAGUCAAGGCAACUACCACUGCCGCACAGAGUACAGGAGACAGUCAGGAAACACAUGAGCAUACGUCAGAAUCCACAGGUUCACCAUCAACACCAGCAACAUCACAAGAGCAGGAGAAGAAGGGUGACGAAGGCGUGUUUGCUAUGCCCGCGGCACCUAUCAAACGCGCCUCUUCCGAGUCCGGGUCUAUGCCACCUCCACCUCCACCAUUGUUUCCCAAGGACCAAUCUAAAGAAUCUUCAAAGCCUAGCAGCGCAGACGCCGACGGAUCAGCUCCUCCACCACCACAACAGCAACAGCAACAACAGCAACAACCAAGCAAACCCACAGGAGGACCCUCAGGACCACCACCAAACGCACCACCACUGAAAUACCAAAAGCCCGCCUGGAGCGGAUACCCAAAUCAACAAUUCUUUUUCGAAGUCAUUAAGAACGGUGUCCUGGUCGACAAGAUCCAAGCGCCCCUCAAGGAAUUCCUGACCAUCGGGCGGUUACCCAUGUGUGACAUCGAGAUGGAGCACCCUUCACUGUCGAGGUACCAUGCAGUGAUCCAGUUCAAGUCCUCUGGUGAAACAUUCCUCUACGACCUCAACUCUUCCCACGGGACAAAGCUCAACAAGUCCAACAUCCCGCCCCAGAUGCACGUUAAAAUCAAGCCGGGAGAUCAGCUGCGGUUCGGGGAGAGUACAAGGAUUUAUUUGUUCCAAACGGAGGAGGCUGUUGAUCAGGAAGAGGAGGAGAAGGAAGUCGUGAGGAAGAUGAUUGAAAAACAGAAUCGGGAGAGGCCUGCGAGGUCGAAGGAGGAGGAAGAGGAGGAGGAGUUCAACUCUUGGGGUAUGGCACCAGACGCAGUGGACGAAGAUGACAUGGAAGACGCUGCUAUGAUGGACGGCUCAGGACCUAGGCGUCAAGUAGAUCCCGACGCAUCCUACAGAAAGGACCCCAAAAAGGCCCUCAGGCACUACCUUGAAUCCAAGGGUUACAGUUGCGAAUUCGAGGUUGAAGAAUCAGGACCUGGCCACGCUCGUGAAUAUACUGCUCGGAUCCGGUUACCCAUCGAGACGAGUAUGGGACCUGUUUAUGGAGAGGCUACCACGGGGAAGAGGAAGGAUGCGGAACGCGAGGCGGCGUUGGAUGCGUGCAUUCAGUUGGAUUCUAGGGGAAUGUUGAGUAAUAAUAGUAAGGGUUCUAGUGAAGGAUCCUACUCAAGGGCGCAGAAGGUUGAAAACUCGGACGAUGACGAUGACGACUUUUAUGACAGAACUGCAAAAAAGAAGAAGACAACCACCAAGAAAUCUGAUCAAACAGCAGACACACACGACUCUCUCAUCCAAAAACAAACCGCCCUCCUCUCCCAAAUCUCCGCCCUCGAAACCCAGAUCCAGAACUUUGACGCUACAGUCGCAGCUCGCAAACAACUCGAAGAGUCCGGAGACCUUGACGCCUACAUGGCUUCUCUCGAGAAGGACAAAUCUACAGGGAAGGAGUCAAAGGGAAAGCUGGUGCAGAUGUUGGCGGGGAUGCGGAAGGAGGAGAAGCGGUUGGUGAUGCUGAUUGAGUAUACCAAGCCAGUUGAUAUUUUGGCCAAGAUCGGACAUGGCCCUGGCACUGCAAGCGCGACGAAAACUCAACAAGAACAGCAACAACCAGCAGCAGCAGCAACUGCGAAGCGGCACAGUGAAGCAGACAGCACUCCAACAACGACAGAAGUCAAAAAGCCUCGUGUUCUCGGACCAUCCCUCCCUCCUCCUUCAUAA